GUUCCCAGGACCUCAGAGACCAGGCUUAGAGCCUGACACCCCUGGGAGGGGAGAGCCUGAUCCGCCCAGGCCAGUGGGGCCUCCACAGAUGCAUCACCAGAGACUGGCCCUGGGUCUGGGGAUCUGCCUGUUGGUGGGCACAAGCCUCAGUGUCCUGUGGGUGUGUGUUGAAAACGGGCUACCGGUCUCCUAUGGUUCCUAUUACCUCCCCUGCCCAGAGAUCUUCAACAUGAAGCUGCACUACGAGAGGGAGAAGCCACUCCAGCCCAUGGCAUGGCCCACACAGCUGCUGACACUAACACCCUGGCUGGCGCCCGUCGUCUCUGAGGGAACCUUCAACCCAGAGCUUCCACAGCACGCCUACCAGGCGCCGAACCUGACCAUCGGGGUCACGGUGUUUGCCGUGGGGAAGUACACUCACUUCGUCCAGUGCUUCCUGGAGUCAGCCGAGGAGUUCUUCAUGCGUGGGUACCGGGUGCACUACUACAUCUUCACUGACAAUCCCGCAGCCAUUCCCCGAGUCCCACUGGGUCCCCACCGGCUUCUUGGCACCAUCCCCAUCCAGGGCCACUCCCACUGGGAGGAGAUUUCCAUGCGCUGGAUGGAGACCAUCAGCCAGCACAUUGCCAAGAGGGCUCACCGGGAGGUGGACUACCUCUUCUGCCUUGAUGUGGACAUGGUGUUCUGGAACCCAUGGGGCCCUGAGACCUUGGGAGACCUGGUGGCUGCCAUUCACCCCGGCUACUACGCCAUACUCUGCCAGCAGUUCCCCUACCAGCGCAGGCGUGUUUCCGCUGCCUUUGUGGCAGACAGCGAAGGGGACUUCUAUUAUGGUGGGGCGGUCUCCAGGGGGCAGGUGGCCAGGGUAUAUGAGUUUACCGGGAGCUGCCACAUGGCCAUCCUGGCGGACAAGGCCAAUGGCAUCGUGGCAGCCUGGCAGGAGGAAAGCCACCUGAACCAUCACUUCAUCACAAACAAGCCGUCCAAGGUCCUGUCCCCCGAGUACCUCUGGGACGACAGGAAGCCCCAGCCACCCAGCCUGAAGCUGAUCAGCUUUUCUACACUAGACAAGGAUAUCAGCUGCCUGAGGAGCUGACCACAGAGCUGCGGCUGCCAUGGAUAGAGACCCAAAGCCCUGCAGCCACCAGUGCUCCACUCACGUGCAGACCAGCCCCUGUCCCGCCUACCUCUGUCAGUCAGGCGAAUUCUGCCGGACAAUGGACGUGAAAAAGCCACUGUGAACUGCAGAGGACUGUGCACACAGUAGAACACAAGAUCACACUAGUGUGGCAGAAGAGCGAUGGGGGCGGGGAGGGGAGGUGCAGUUACAAAGCAGGCCUGAAAAGCUGGUUGCGUUCUGCAGCUGUGCCUUUGCAGGGCAGGCUGUGAAGCCUCAGCCUGACUCAGAGUGCCUGAACCCCACUGCGCCAGCCCCCCGUUUAUUGCAUAUUGCCCUUAACAUUGCAUUUCUAAUACCCUAGGGUGAAGGCGCCCUAGACCCCUUUUCUCUGGUCACAGGGGUCCUGGGUCCCUUGAUGUCCCAUAGCCACAUGUAGCCAAUUCUUCACUCAGGCCCCCAGAGCAAGCCUUUGAAAUGGAGUGAGUCUAGGCUCCCUCUGGUUUCCUGUACCCCCAGGUGAACUGCACUCUCAGGGACUAGCCACCUCCUUCUUAAGAGGGUUUGGGGCAGUUUAUAAUAAAGGUGGUGUGUGUUCGACCCUA